AUGCCUAGUGAUCAGACUACCGUUUCCUCCACGGAACUGCUAUUUUCAGGUCUCAAUAUCAACCUGCAAGACAGUCGACAGGAGUCCUUACAUCUGUCCGUGUCCUCACCGUCGGAGCUGAGCAACGGCAACGGCAACGGCAACGGCAACGGCAACGGCAACGGCAACGGCAACGGCAACGGCAACGUCCAAGAUGCUUUUGCCAAAAUAUGCAUGGCUUGCCGUACUGGAGAUUAUGAAGUCGUUGACUCUUUGUUAAGCACUCCUAAUCUUGAUGUGAACCAGGUAGAUGAAUACGAUUACUCGCCAUUGAUUUUGAGCUCAUUGUGUGGACAUUUGAAGAUUGUCGAGCUACUAUUGAAGAGAGGCGCUGUGUGUGAUAGAGACACAUUCCAAGGCGCGAGGUGUAUCUAUGGAGCACUUACAGACGAAAUUAGAGAUCUACUAGUUAGUUUUGAUAUCUCGAAAGCGGUAGAUGUCAACCAGCCGUUCGCUGGUCAUAUCGCGUCACUUUACAGCACUUCGGCCAAUAAAGAUGUUGUGUUUAAAUUUAACCAAAAGGGGUUGAGUUCGGAUUUGUGUGCGAUAACAUUGCAUAGGUGUUUGUUGGUUGCACGAAGCAGGUAUUUUCGAGAAAAGUUUCAAGGCGACUGGCUGCUAUUGAGUGUUGUGAAUAUGCCAAAUGAAGUUGACCCAUUGGCGUUUAAGGUAAUUGUUGACUAUAUAUAUCUUCGAACCGAUUCGAUGGUGAUUCCAGACAAAAAAUUUCGUAACCAAGUAGUUUCUUUAGCAGAAGAGUACGAGUUACAGGAUUUAGCCAGUGCUAUAAAGGAGAUAUCUGGUGCAAAGGAUGAAAAAGAGCAGUUCAAAGUAAAGCAUGAACUAGCUAUGAAGAUAGUUGAAAAGGCUAGAAAAGAUCUUGACUCAUUCUUGGCAAACGACAUUAUCCUGCAGAGUGUUUCUUCGAAUAUGGAUCUCGAAAAGGACGUUGAUCUUGAAGAUAUCAAUUGUCAGCACUAUAUUACCCAUGAGCAAAAAACAACAUUACUUGAUCUGUCUUCUAUCCCAGAUGCCGUUCUAUCAUACAUUGACUCAAGUUCAGAGGCUGUCAUUUUUUACCCUGUCAACAAGUCCAUUCUCACAAGAUCGGAGUAUUUCGAUACAAUGUUCAAAUCGGAUAUUUUUAAAUUUGCAGAGGAGGAUAUUCCAAUGUACAAAGACGGCACAAUUUCAGUUGCAAACCGACCUCAGGUGGAUGAAUCACACUUGCCGAUUAUACAACUUUCUACCAGUACAGCCGAUAAGAAAGUGGCAGCAAUGGUGCUAUCGUACUUGUACCAUGACGAUGUUAAUGAAAUUCCCUUGGACAAUGUUGUCGAAUUGUUGUAUGCCGCAGAUGAGUUGUUUUUAGAAAGGUUGAAAACAAUGUCAGCUGUACGAUUGAGCUCGCAGUAUUCGAAAUUCACCUAUCAAGAAUUUCAAUCGUUGGAACCGGACGUUAAAUAUGACGCGUAUGAUUUAAUCAGGGCAGCAUGGCUGACGCGAUGUGACAAAUUGGAGCAACACGUUACCAAAAUGAUUGCUUAUAAUUUACAAGACAUUGUUCAGAAUGAGGACGAAUCAGCAAAAUUGUUGGCUUUAAUUGCUGAAUCAGCAGCAAGAAUUAGAGAAAGACAGGAUACUGAUACAAUUGAAUUGGUGGAUGAUAUGCGAUACUAUUUAUCGAAGAAAUAUGCAAUUAGUGAAGACAGUGAAAGUUUGGAUCCAUUGAGUAGUUUCGGGUACAGAGACAAAAAGACGGAAAAUAUCAAGCUUUAUCAAAACUCGCUAUUGAAAUACGAAAGGGAUGUCGAAGUUAUUGAAAAUAUGUUGGAAAAGUUGAACUUGAAUGCGUAG